UUAAUUAAAAAUUAAAUAAAUAUUAAGAUGGUUUUUCAUUGUUGUGUGAAAGGUUGUGUAAAAACACAGAAGGAUAUUAGUUUACAUGUGAUUCCUAAGAAUUUUGAGAAGUUUAAAAAUUGGACAAUAGCGAUUGGUCGAACGGACAUCGAAUACUCGAAACGUGAAAACUAUCGUGUUUGCGAUUUACAUUUCGCCGACGAAAUGAAACUCCAUUCUUCAAUAGGAAAAUUACGAACUAACUUAAAGCCUAAUGCUUUUCCUAGCCUCCACUUAAUUAGUUCACAAUUUUUGCAUGCAGAGACCUUGAACAUAAAUUUGAACAAAACUGCAUCAAAACGACCUGGUGAGUGA